ACAGUGCAUCAAAAUCUACAGAAUCUACAUCUUCAGAUAGCAUUACACCUUGGAUAUUUGAAGGACAAUUGGACAAAGCUGCUGGACUGCACUGAUUUAGAUUCUCUUCAAGCAAUGGAGUAUAAUGGAUUAACAACCUUUUGGUUCCUCUUGGUGGUCCUGCUGCCGUUGGGUAUAUCCUGGAUGUCCGAGAAAUGUACGGUUUAUGAUGAAGUCAACGUGGUUUACAUAGCCAGUCACAACUGCCCAAUGGGAAACCUAACAGCGGACUGUUUCAAUGUCAGUGAUGUGAAACUGGAUCUUGCCCCGCUUCCUCCUCAAAUUGACAGCCUUUGCAUUGUUGCAAGACGUGGACUGGUGCUACCCCCGAAAGCUUUUGCGCAGUUCUCCAGUCUCGAGCGGUUGUACAUUAAAGAAUGUCUCGCAGUUAUUCAUCCUGGAGCUUUCACUGGGUUGUUAAAUUUGCGGAUACUAUCAUUUCAGGAAGAUAAGUUUGUGCAUCCUGUGCAAAAAUGCUGCAGUGCAUCUGUGCGACCAAAUGCUUUUGGGCAGCUCCCCAGGUUGGUCAACCUUUUCUUUUAUAACUACAACAUGUCCACAAUGUCAGCAGGUGCCUUUAGUGGCCUGAAGGACCUAAAAGACUUAAGCUUCCACAGCUGUGGAACAGAACUCAUGGAUAUUGCAUGCAGAAUUGCGGAUCUCUCACAAUCACUAACGUCGCUGUAUGUUGGAACCAACAACACGGUCAUCCUGAGACGCAAAAGUUGUCCUUGCUUGGACGAAGCUUUAAUGAGUGAGCAUUUCAAAGCGCUGAAAAGCGUCAGUUUCUUUUUUCCAAAUCUGCAAUUUUUGGGAGAAAGUGUUUUCAUGUACUUUCGGAAUAUUUCUUAUUUGUAUAUGCCUGUAAAUUCAGUGCUGAAGAGGCAGCUGUCGCAGUCUGGAGUACGAAAGAUUGCAGACUUCAAGGCAAACCUGCAACAAGGAGGUUUCAGGGCAGUCUGUGAGAUCACAUUCAUUUUUUCUGUGGAAAACCUACAACUUGUAUUAGAAAAUAAUUUUGCGCUUGAAGAUGACGUCGAUCUGGAAGGAUGCAUUGGUCUGCGACAACUAACUAUGGAGAGCUUCAAUUUCCUGCAAGGCCAAAUGCGUUUCCUCCCGUUUUUGAAAAAUCUUCAAGUUUUAAAUUUGCAGGGAAGUUUUUUGCAGCAGUCGCUCGAUCACCUUUGCGAGCAGUCCGAAUCCUCGACGCUGUUACACAUGCUGUUUAUUUAUAGUGGAUUAAAAAAAAUAACCAGUCAACAGUUUUCUUGCCUAAGAAAUCUAAGAACUCUUGAUCUUUCCGAAAAUGAAAUAUCCAUGAUAGAGGAUUUUGUAUUUGCAGGACUUGAUAAGUUGCAAGUUUUACAUCCAUGGGACGAUAAUUUGUUUUUGAAUGAUAAUGAGACUUUAAAUGGCCUCUAUAAUUUGGAAUAUUUGGACUUGUCGGGUAAUGACAUAACUUCAAUUAACUUCACUGCGUUUGAAGGUCUAAAAAAUUUGAAAGUCCUGAAGCUACGUGGCAACAUGAUUGCACAGAUCACUGCGAACCAUUUGACCGCAGGACGGGGACUGGCGAAUUUGGAACUGUUAGAUUUGAAUUCGAAUUGCAUUGCAUAUAUUGAUGACUUUGCAUUCAAGCAAAUGACAUCUUUAAAGACUUUAAUAUUGGAUAAAAACAAGAUUUCUGAAAUUAGCAACCUCACAUUCUUUGGUCUGGAUCGUUUAGAGACUUUGAUGAUCGAAUUUAAUGCACUGAAUUAUUUGGCGCCCUCUGCCUUGUCCAAUUUACCCUCGUUGAGUAAAUUCUCAGUCGGGUGUCUCAAGCAUCCUUCGUCUCCUACCGCAGAGGCUGAAAUCAAUCUUGGCCUCCUGUUCGGUCGCUUCCCGGUAAACAUUACCGAGCUCUUUAUCAGCUCUUGUAGCCGCCCAAUGAGGAUCGUGAUAGGGAGCGAGAGUUCCCCCAAGCCCGGUCUCAGUCUUCAUAUUUACGGGCAAAAUGUCCAAUUUGUCGAUUGCGAGAAACCGUUCUUUCAGUCCGUGGUCAGUCUUGUAGCGAUAGUUAAGCAGCUGUUGUGUGGGUCAGACUUUGCUGGGAAAUACUUCAAAUUCUUGGAAAACUUUAGUUUGAAUUCUCAAGUUAUGACCAGUUUUGUUGAUCUGGUUGGCCUUAAUACCCUGGUGCACCUUCAGAAACUAAAAUUUACCAACAUUGACCUGUCAGACCAACCGAACCUUGGGAUCAUGCUCCGCAAUCUGACGACACUGAAACUGCUGGAUUUAGAAAAAUGCAGAGUUCCUUCCUUGAUGGAGGAUCUAACCAAAGACUUGAGGUCACUCAAAUAUCUCAGUAUUUCUUUGAACAAUGACUUGAAUGUGAUUGAAAACUUUGCCAGGCCCCUUGUAAAUCUGAGGUACGUUUAUCUUUAUAACAUGGUACUCCGCUGCAGCUGUGACAACGCAUGGUUUGACGAUUGGGUCAAAUACCAAAGACAAGUGUACAUCCUAACGAGGCCGUAUGGCAAGGACAUUGCAAUCGCAUGCCGGAGCGUUAACGGGAUCCAAAACUUUGCCAAGUAUACCGAGUCUAGUUGCUCCACAAAUAUAGAAUUCCUAUUAUUUGCCUCAACCUCUCUCUGGAUUCUGUUUUUCAUGUUCGUGGUCCUAGUGCAUAAUCUGGCUGGAGAAUACUUGCUGUCAUUCAUAUACAUUGCUCGGGGUUGGAUGGAGGAAGCCCUCAGAGGAAGCGCGAACAGACGCUACAAGUACGACGUUUUCGUCUCGUACUCUGGAAUGGACGAGCGCUGGGUCACGGACGAGCUCCUCCCCAACCUGGAGAGACGAGGACCACCUUUCCUACGCGUCUGUCUCCACAGCCGGGACUUUUCUUUGGGAGUGGACAUUGUCGAGAACAUCACAGAGAGUCUGUACAGGAGCCGACACACGCUUUGCCUGCUCAGCCGUCAUUACCUGCGCAGCAAGUGGUGCUCUUUGGAGAUGAAGCUGGCCACCCACCGCCUGCUAGUGGAGCAACGGGACGUUCUGAUAGUUGUGUUCCUGGAGAAGAUCUCGCCCAAGCAGAUUUCCGCUCACCACAGGCUGGCACGGAUUGUGAAAUGGAAAACCUACAUAGACUGGCCUGAAGAGCCUCAGCAACAGAUGGUAUUCUGGGACAGACUAUGGGCCAAACUUGCUCCUAAACCUGUCCAGAAUAACUAAUCACUUUUGGGUCAUUUUGGGGUCUCUGAUCAUUUUAGAUUACAAUUUGUAGAAAUGCUAAGAUAAAUUGUUUUAACUUUCCAGGUUUUUUAGAGGGUUUUAAAAUGAAUCUGAAUCAUUUACUUUUUUUUUUUUCUAUAUUCAUCUACAUUAUAUUGAUAAAAAUGUUGUUUAGUGGACAUUUGACUUUUGACCCAAAGGUCAUUACUUUCAUUCCCAGCUGCACCAAGCUGCCACUCCUGGGUCCUAAUGUAGUUGAGUAAAAGUUGCUUGUAUCUUUGAUACUCAGUAAAACUAGAAAGUAGUCAAAAAUGACUCGAGUACAGUAACGUACAUUAAAGAAAAAAAGGAAAGUACAUUUACUCAAACACUACCAAAACCUAGUGAGGUUAAGGACAAGUUGUGCUGCUGCAUUCUGGAUCAGCUGCUUUUGUUUCAAUUUUAUCUUUAUAUUCAUCAUCAUUAUCUAUAUCUUUUUUAUCUUUUCGUUAUCAUUAUUGUUUGUUACAUUCCUGCUUCAGCUGCUUGGUAUCAUUUAUCAUAUUUCUGGUAUUAUUUAUUUUUUUGUUAGAAUGUUAAAGCAUUUGAUUCUUGGAUUUGUACUGAUCAAAACACUCCAGUUUUCACACCAGUAACCAUGUAAUUAUUUUCUUCUCAUACAAAUUUAAACUCAGUAAGUAAUAAUACUGUAUAAUAUGGUGUAUGAAAAUAAUUGUUUGUUUUGUCUUUUGCCAGUGUGUUGCUUAUUAUUAUUUUUAUAUAUUUGAAUACUGUACAAUUAAAACACAAUUCUUAAACAUGCAGUUGUGCAUUCAACCAGCAGAGGGAGGUGUAAGAACAUCGUUUGCAGAUCUGAAAUGCCUUGGCGAUGAGAGAGGCAACGGGGCCAAACUGGUUUAGCUCACAGGGAGUAUACAGGAACCAUAUAACCACUCUUUUUCCCUAUGAUGAGCAAAAGCAGCUGAGAACAUGGCAAACCAUCA